AUGAAUGUCCUCAAACUACAAAAGAAGUUUCCUCAACUUCCCCAAAACGAAAUCUUUUCCCUGUCCGACGCCUUUCAACGGCUUGAUGUAGACGACAAAGGGUACCUAGACGAGGCCACUACCAUCAAGGCCACCCAACAAAGCGAAAACCAGCCGUAUGACGUCGUGCGACAAGCCCUCAAGGAGGUUGAGCUAGACUCGUCGCGGCGUGUUGAGCUUGAAGACUAUGUUGGACUCAUCGCCAGAUUGCGAGACUCCUUGCCGGCUCAGAGGCGUGUCUCCACGGCUCCUGCCCCAGCCAGCCCCGGUGGUGUCGUGGCUCAGCGCACCGGGGGACAUGGCUCCAAAGGAAGUGUCAGCGGAAAGAUCCAUGUCCAGGGCUCCAGCGCAAACAUCACCCAUACCAUCAAUGAGGAUGAACGGACCGAGUUCACGCGCCACAUCAACGCCGUCUUGGCCGGCGAUGCUGACAUCGGAAACCGCCUGCCCUUCCCCACAGACACGUUUGAAAUGUUUGACGAAUGCAAGGACGGCUUGGUUCUGGCCAAGCUCAUCAACGACAGCGUGCCCGACACCAUCGACGAGCGGGUUCUCAAUGUUGCUGGACGAAAGACCAAGUCCCUAAACGCCUUCCAAAUGACUGAGAACAACAACAUCGUCAUAGAGUCCGCAAAGGGUAUUGGCUGCUCUGUUGUCAACAUUGGUGCCGGCGACAUCAUCGAAGUUCGUGAACACCUCAUCCUCGGCCUCAUCUGGCAGAUCAUACGGCGCGGUCUUUUGGGCAAGAUUGAUAUAAAGCUUCACCCUGAACUCUAUCGACUAUUGGACGAGGACGAGACGUUGGAACAGUUUCUGCGUCUUCCUCCGGAACAGAUUCUUCUUCGUUGGUUCAACUACCACCUCAAAGCUGCCAAUUGGCCUAGACGAGUCUCCAACUUUUCCGGCGAUGUGAAGGAUGGUGAAAACUACGCCGUCCUAAUAGCCCAGAUUGGUCCCGAGUACGGCUGCACCAGAAAGCCCCUGCAGACGCACGAUCUGCUCCAGCGCGCCGAGGAGGUCCUCCAGGAAGCAGACAAGCUCGGCUGCCGCAAGUUCCUGACCCCCAAGUCUCUGGUGGCCGGCAACCCCAAGCUCAACCUCGCAUUUGUCGCCAAUCUGUUCAACAAUCACCCUGCGCUGGACCCCAUCACCGAAGAGGAGAAGUUGCAAGUUGAAGACUUUGACGCCGAAGGCGAGCGCGAAGCGAGAGUCUUUACUCUCUGGCUCAACAGCUUGGACGUGCAGCCUGCUGUCGUCUCCUUCUUUGACGACUUGCGCGACGGCACCAUCCUCCUCCAGGCAUACGACAAGGUCAUCAAGGGUUCCGUCAACUGGCGUCACGCCAACAAGCUCCCCGCCCACGGCGGCGAAAUGAUGAGAUUCAAGGCCGUGGAAAACACGAAUUACGCCAUCGAGCUCGGCAAGCAGAACGGUUUCUCCCUCGUCGGUAUCCAGGGCGCCGACAUCACGGAUGGUCAGAGGACCCUGACCCUCGGUCUGGUAUGGCAGCUCAUGCGCAAAGACAUCACGGUAACUCUGUCGUCACUGGCGCAGAAGCUCGGCAAGCGAGAAAUGACGGACCUCGAAAUGGUCCGCUGGGCCAACGACAUGUCUCGAAAGGGCGGGCGCAAUUCGUCCAUUCGCUCGUUCAAGGAUCCUUCCAUUGGGUCCGGCAUCUUCCUGCUGGACGUGCUCAACGGCAUGAAGAGCAGCUAUGUCGACUACGAUAUCGUGACGCCCGGCACGACGGACGAGGAUGCAUACAUGAAUGCCAAGCUUAGCAUCAGCAUUGCUCGCAAGCUUGGCGCUACCAUCUGGCUCGUGCCAGAGGACAUUUGCCAGGUCCGCAGCCGUCUCGUCACCACUUUUAUCGGCUCUUUGAUGGCAACGCACGAAAAGAUGUGA